GUCGUUUGGUCUCUUAUGAUGCAGGAGACAUAGAGGAAAGGAAGAUUGGCAUUGAUUCAAACAAUGACAUGCAUUUCGAGCGUAAAGAAUCUGUUUAUCGAAUUUUGAAUCUGUCAUCAGAUUCUGAGUCGUGCCUUGAUCGUAGCCCCAAAAAGGAAAUUCGUAACAAUCAGGUGGAAAGCUCUCAGCAACAAAUACCUCAAUUGAUUAGUGAAGAAGCUAAGGAUAAAAUUAUCCUUGGCAAUGAUGGAAAGUCUCCAUGCAGAAAGGGUUCAAAAGGAAAGUCUUCUCAGAAACCAAUUCAGGUAGAAGAAGAUCAUUCACCAGUGAAAGGGAAGAAAACAAAGGGCAGUGCAAAGGAGAGAGGUAGUGGUGGAGAUCUGGAGGCUGAGGAGGAAGAAACUUGUGAAAAGCUCAUUAAGACAAAUGUCUCCUCUUCAAGGCUGCCUUUGGUGCUUUCUGAGAAAGUUCAACACACAAAGGCUCUUGUUGAGUGCCAAGGUGACUCCAUAGAUCUCAGUGGUGAUGUGGGAGCUGUAGGCCGGGUUAUAAUUUCAGAUUCUGCAUCCAGAGAUCAGGAAAUGCAGUUAGACUUGAAAGAAACUAUAUACAAAACAUCUAUAGUUCCUUGCCGGACAUUUUGUGUGGUUAGCUUUGGACAGUCCGAGGUAAAGAUAGAGGCCAUUAUGAAUGACUUCAUACAGUUGGAGCCACAAUCUAAUGUAUAUGAAGCUGAAACUAUGGUUGAAGGGACACUAGAUGGUUUUGCCUUUGAUUCAGAUGAGGAAGCUGGCAAGAUGCCGAAGGGCACCCAAACUGAUCAAAAUGAGCAUGCUAAGGAACAAACUCACAGUAAAUCCAAAGGGAAGGGUGACAAGAAAAUAGGUGCUGAAAAGAAAAGAGGUAGAAGUACUGGAGGAAAACCACAACCUAAGACAGUAAAGAAAAUAGCUCCAAAAAAAGCUCCAAAUUCUAAGAAGGCAAAGACGAAGAAUUGAGUCGAAGAAGUGUUCCAUUGUAUAUGUUGUAAACCUAUACUCAAUCCUUGGGUUAAAAGUACUAGUUGAUGAAAUACUUUGCCCAUGUCAGAGAUAAUAACAUUAAAACAGCUGCCAUUGGAGGUCUUAUCAACAAAUCCACCCCAGAAGAAUUGGAUACUUUUAUGAUUGGUGAAUGAGUUCUUAUCAAAUCCUUCUUACAUGUUCCUGUUUCCAUAAUACUCACAUUGUAGUUUCUUUUCCAUUGAAUUAUUAUUUGUUAUCUCUGCUUUUAGUUUACUUGUAUUAGCUGGCUAAUAUAAUUUUUGAAAUAUUACUUUGUUAACUAAAUUUCUGCCAAACAUGGGAGAAUGAAUUUCAAGAUUCUAAUUUUCCUGAUUACAUUGAC